UCUAGCGUGAAACUAGAAUACGAAAAAAAAAUUUAAAUUUUCAUCUGGUUAAAAACAUAAAAAUUUUCAGUGGUACUCGUGAGUAGCGGAGAUGACAUAUAAAAAGUUGCUGUUUGUGUGUCUGGGCAACUCGUGUAGCUCUCCCAUGGCCGAAACCAUUAUGCAGAACCUAAUGACCAAGACCAGUUUGUACUGGGAAAUUGAUAGUGCGGGUCUACGGACUUGGAAUAUUGGUCGCAGGCCACAUAAACGCUGUCGUCAGAUUCUUCAGGAGCACGGACUCCGCACCGAUCACUUUUGUCGUCUAUUCACUGUUCAGGACUUUCGGUACUUUGACGUCAUCAUCGCUAUGGACAUGCAUUGUUACAAGGAGCUUCUGCUCUGGGCCGGGCUUAAUCGCAACGGACGGCACUGUGAGGUGCAGAUGCUAGGCUGGUACGGCGGCAACGGCCAAGGUGCACUCAUUCACGAGCUGUCGCCGACGAACAAGCUGAAAAUCUUUCGCGAUGCCUUUUAUCAGAUUAAAGAUUGCUGCAAGCAGUUCAUUUUGAAUCAGCAGGUGCACAUUGUCCAGUACGAUCUGCCCAGCACGGAAGAAGAUGGGCAGCCUCCGCAAGACCUACGGCAGCUGGAGCUAGAGGAUAAGCUCCAAAAGUCAGAGUCGCCUGCUAAUGAGUAUACCAAGACAGAGCGCAAACAAAUAUCCGCCAAGAAGCUCAAGAAGUCCAAAAAACUAUGCAAGAAAUGCGGCGAUAAUUUCGUGUCGAAGCUUUGACGCUUGUCUUGGCCUUGGCUGCUAUAAUAUUUUAUAGAUUUUGUGUCCAUUGUGAGGUGUCUUGUUGGACAAUAAAAGCAUAGAGGCAGUUAAUACGACAUGAA